UGAAGGCUGCAUUAUGCUUGGAACUUGGAUACUUGCACUAUUUCUGCUCAAGGCAGCAGAAGGCAAAGAAGUUUGUUUUGAAAGGCUUGGAUGCUUCUCAGAUGAUCUACCAUGGUCUGGGACUACAGAAAGACCAGUCUAUAAGUUGCCCUGGGAUCCAAAAAAGAUAGACAUUCACUUCCACCUCUACACAAGAGAAAAUCAAAAUGACCCUCAAGAGGUCUUUCCAGCUGAUGUCUCAACCAUUGAGUCCUCAAAUUUUAAUGCAAGCAGGAUAACCAGAUUCAUUGUACAUGGAUUUAUAGAUCGUGGAGAAGAAAGCUGGCUGUCUGACAUGUGCGAGAGGAUGCUUUCUGUGGAAGAUGUGAACUGCAUCUGUGUUGGCUGGAAGAGGGGGGCAAGGUGUCAGUACACCCAGGCAUCCAACAACGUCCGUGUGGUCGGAGCUGAAAUUGCUUAUUUCAUAAAGGUCCUUAUGGAAGAAUAUGACUACUCUCCAGCUGAUGUUCACAUCAUUGGCCACAGCCUGGGUGCACACGUAGCAGGUGAGGCUGGGAAGAGGCAGCCAGGGAUCGGCAGAAUAACAGGAUUGGACCCUGCCCAACCUUACUUUCAAGGCACUCCAGCUGAAGUCAGACUGGAUAAAUCUGAUGCAGAGUUUGUUGAUGUUAUCCACACAGAUACAGCUCCCACAAUCCCUAAUUUAGGUUUUGGCAUGAGCCCAGCUGUAGGGCAUCUUGACUUUUAUCCAAACGGAGGGAAGCAGAUGCCAGGGUGUGGGAAGAACCCUGUUUCACAGAUCAUAGAUCUUGAUGGCAUCUGGGAAGGCACUCGGGACUUUAUGGCUUGUAAUCAUUUACGGAGUUACAAGUACUACUCAGACAGCAUUAUCUACCCUGAUGGAUUUCUGGGCUAUUCUUGUGCUUCUUAUGAGCUCUUUGAAUCAGGAAACUGUUUCCCAUGCCCAAAAGAGGGAUGCCCAAAUAUGGGUCACUAUGCAGAUAAAUUCAAAGGGAAAAUUGACUCUGGCUUCCUGAAGCUUUAUCUGAAUACUGGAGAGGCCAAGGAUUUUCCUCUUUGGAGAUAUAAAGUAACUGUGACCCUCUCUGGAAAGAGUAAAGUGAAAGGAUAUGUGAAUAUUGCCCUGUAUGGAAGUGAUGGGAACACAAGGCAGCAUCGGAUCUUCAAGGGAACCCUCCGGCCCAGCAACACUUACACAGGUUUCAUCGAUGCAGAAGUUGAUGUUGGAACAGUUACAAAAGUUAAAUUUCUUUGGAACAACCACCAGAUAAAUCCAACUUUUCCUAAGAUAGGAGCUGAAACUAUCACAGUACAAUCUGGACAGAAUGGAACAGAGUACCAUUUCUGUGGUUCUGAGGAUGUGAGGGAGGAUGUUCUGCAAACUCUUACUCCUUGCUAAGAGUCCAUGUGGAUGCCCCAAACCUUGUUACCAAUAAAACCUUG